CAGCGGGUUUUUGUCAUGAAAACCUGGCAACCCUGCUGCGUGGUUAACAAGUGCUAGUGCAACGAGACUAACAUAUUGUGAAUCAUUACGGUUUUUAAAUUCUGUUAUUCGCAAACACUGCCACGACACGUUGUCCUUAGAAAGUAUACUAAUGUAAGCAACGGUCUCCUGAAGUGUCAGAGAGGCGCAGCUGUGCUCUCCAUGUGUCUGGCGAUUUAUUCAUGACCAUUUAAGUAAAAACAGAAACGGAAAACCCACUCAAACGUGUUAAGCACUUUUGGUUUGCCACUGAGAAGAAGAAAAACCUCUCUGUUGAGCACAACAACAGCUCAAUAUGUUGUUAUUUGCCUUCAAGUAUUAUGAUGGAAAAACCCAGCAUUGUUUUAGAUGUACAAAUACAAAGAAACCAUGGUGCAUCUCUCCAAGAAAAUGAUGACAAAUGUCUGAGAAGAAAGUGGCCCCAUUGGUUGAGCUCAUGAAGAUUGCAGCUCUGCUGUUUCUCUCCAGCCUGACAAACGUGCUGCAUGUAGGAACUUCAAAAUAACUGUUGGUUUGCUCACACAAACACUGCAGGCGAGCCGAGGGGCAUGAUUGAACGUGUUUGGAAGUGUAAAAAAAAAAAAGAAGAAGAAUCAUCAGAUCAGCAGAGGAAGGAGGAAGUAAAGAGAAGAAGAGGGGCUGGAAAGAAUGUACUCUUAGUUGACUGUGUUUUGUGAUUGUUUUUGUGUGUGUGUGUGUGUGUGCGUGUGAGCGAGAGAAUGUGUGUGAGUGUGAGUGUGUCUGUGUGUGUGUAACCUUUUGGUCCGAUUUUGAAGAAAUGUCUCUGAGACUACCUCGCAACUGGGACUUCAGCACCUUCAGAGCUGAAACCGCCAAGAUAGCUCGCUCCAAGAGUGUUAUGCCAGGGGAAGGGAGCCCUGGAUCCACUCACACUGGUUUUAAGAGAUCCAUGGAGAAACCUCUGAAAACAGGCUGGCUGAAGAAGCAGAGAUCCAUCGUAAAGAACUGGCAGCUGCGCUUCUUUGUGCUGAGAGGAAAUGUCUUAACAUACCAUAAAGAUGACCGAGAGAGCGCUGUCCAGGGAACCAUACCUUUGUUCUCAUGCCAUGUUAAUGAGCUGCCGUCAAAUGCAGAUGAUAAAUUCCUUUUUGAGAUUAUCCCAGCAGGUAGCAGUACAGAUCGGGAGCGGGAGCGAGAAGCCUAUGUUCUCAUGGCGACCAGUCAGAGCGAGAUGGAAGAGUGGGUGCGCUCCAUUCGCAAAGCCGUCGGAUCACGGUCUAAUGGAGUAUUUGGAAAGAGCCUUUCAGACAUCAUGGUGUAUGAGAAGAAAUUUGGGCCACGUCUGGUGCCCAUCCUGGUGGAGAAGUGUGCUGAAUUCAUCAGAGAGCACGGUCUGAAUGAGGAGGGCAUCUUUCGGCUGCCAGGACAGGACAACCAGGUCAAACAGUUCAGAGAGGCCUUUGAUGCCGGAGAGAGACCCUCAUUCCCCAGUGACACUGAUGUCCACACGGUGGGGUCAUUACUUAAGCUGUACCUCAGAGAGCUUCCUGAACCUGUUGUGCCCUGGACUCAAUAUCAAGACUUCCUUGACAGCACUCUGAUGCUGGAUGCCACCACUGCAGCUGGCAAAGAAAGGCUGGAGGAACAAAUCAGGCUUCUGCCAAAAGUGAACUACAACCUCCUGAGUUACAUCUGCAGAUUCCUUUUUGAGGUCCAACAAAACUCAAAGGUGAAUAAAAUGAGCAUUGAGAAUCUGGCCACGGUCAUGGGAGUGAACCUGUUCAAGCCGCAAGUGGAGGACGCCAUCAGUAUGAUGAAGGGAACGCCCAUGAUACAGAAGGUAAUGACGGUGAUGAUCAGACACCAUGAGCUGCUUUUCCCACCCUCUAAAGACAUGCUGCCAUCUCCUCUUCCGAGCAAGAAAAGCAAAAGCAAGAAGAACAGUAACCCUCGCAGUUUUGUGGGCUGGGAGUCUGCAGAGUGUGAGGUGUCCUCCCUGUCUGAAUCUCCCGAGGAAGAGGAAAUGGACACACCUGAGGAAGAGAGGAAGGACCUGUGGUCACCUAAGACGGGAUCAGAAGACACACCUCUUUCUCCUUCCUCUCCAUUUUCAUCCGCAACCGACACCUGGACCGACAGCCCCAGAAAAAGGACGCAAACUCUACCCAGCUUAGGCUGUCCGACAGCGGGAAGAGGCCGUGAGCCUUCUUGGGAACGCUGGAGCAGGUUCCAGGAGAGCUUCAACGAGAACGAAGAGAAAACAUUCUCAGAGGACAUCUUUAAGUUACUUGACCUGCAGAAAGUGACACUGUUCUCUGGAGGGCAGAAAAGUGAAAAGGAAAAAGUUGAAGGACAGAAGGACACAGAGGACACAGGCUUGCAUAUGACAGGUAGCGAUGUCGUGGACAAACAGAUAGAUGCUGUAAAACCACAGGCACAGAGCAUAACACCCGUUCCCAAACCUCGGCCGAGCAACGAUGUGACUGCGCCAGCUGUGAGCAGAGAGAAAACCUUGGAACCUACAGCAGCUGCUCUACAGAAAAGCAAUCCAGCACAACCAGAAAACACAGACUCAACAAACAUCAUCAACAGUCUCCAGCAGAAGAACAAAGAGCUGAGCGCUACAGUGGCAAAGUUGCAGGCAGCACUAGAGGCAGAGCGACGCGGCAAAGCUGCAUUAGAGAUCUUACUACGCAAUGCAGAGCGCAGCAGAGAUGAAGCACUUGUGCGCAGUGAGCAGCUGAACCGAGAGAUUCAGGAGUUCCUCAACAGACCAACUGCUGGACCGUCAUAGUGACACCAUCAAACGAACGAAGUUCAAAACUAAGUCCUGUCUAGCUCCUCAGAGGAGUACACAACAAGCUGGACAACUCCAUCGGGUUUUACACCAUGAACUGCUCUGAAUAAUGUCUUCAGAGUAAGACUAGUGGUAAUGUUCAUCUCUCAGGUUUUGUCCGCUACAGUAUAUGACACCUUAUGUACAGAAAUUACAGAUUUGAUCUACUUACAAGACAAGAUGUGAAUUUUGAAGUUAAACAGUUUAGAGAUUUAUAAAGAGUAUUUAAUUACCUUUUUGUUGAAAUUUUAUAGUAUUUUCUUAUGGAUCUAAAAAAAAUAACUCCCCAACAAAAACUAAAAUGCUGGUCGGAUUUGGUUUUAAAAAGCCUUUUUUUUUCAAGAAGGAGAAGUCUUGCUCACCUUUAAUUCUUAAUGAUAAAUUACAACAAAAUCUAUUGUGGCAGAGGUUUAAAAUUGUUAUUUUUUAUGUGAUCACUAGACUGUGUUACACUCCAGUAGAGUCUGUGAACAAUUUGGUGAAAACACAAAAUGUGGAUUACUGUCAGUAAAUAAACGUUUUUUAUCUGGCUUUUCUUUCCUGCACCUUCACUUCUGUUGUCUGGUUGCAGUCAGAAUG